CACAAUCACUUCUGCCUCAUCACCAACCAGACAUGCGUCCUCCUGUGCUGUUUCUCUUGUUUUGUCUCGGCCUUGCGGUCGCCCAACACAAUCAACCGUAUCAUGCGACUACACCAGUACCUAUCUUAAAACAAAUAAACAAACACAAUGAGGAUGGUAGUUACAGUUACGGUUUCGAGGCGGCGGACGGUUCGUAUAAAAUUGAGUCCAAGUAUCCGAAUGGCGAGAUUUACGGUAAAUACGGUUUCGUCGAUGACACCGGGAACGUGCGUGAGGUCGAAUACGGCGCGUCCAGGCGUGGUUUCGAGCCAGUCGGUGCUGGGAUAAACGUGCCCCCGCCAACCUUGACCGGUAACAGCAUCGCCAGCAACGCGAAUGAGCCCGAAGACGAUGGACAGUACCGCGAGGAUCCGUCGAUCUAUCACACCGAUCCACGUUUCACCAAUGGAGAACGUUAUGAAGUGCCACUCAAGUACAGACAACAACCGAUCGCCUACAAUCCGCCGCAACAGAUUUCACCGGCUGCUUAUAAUCAAAAAUAUAAGACCCCCGUCAAUUACCGACCGGCAGCAGUGAAGUCGCGGUUCCAAUCGGAAUAUCGACCGCAGUAUCGAUCGCAGUACGAAUCGCAGUAUCAAGGUCAGCAACUGCAAUCCGUGUACCCUUCGCCUAUUCCGGUCGGUCUUGAAGGACAUAGCGCGACCAACAUCGAUAUCAAUGCCGGAUUGGCAUCUUACACGGUUAAUUACAAAUGAUAAAGAAAGAGGAUGAAAAGAGAAAGGGAGUCCAGCAAUUGUAUAUAGGAUUGCAUGUGUAUAUACAUUAUUUAUAGAUAUUCUGAGAUCGUUACUGAGCAUUUAUUUCAUUACUGCAUGUAAAACUGUUAAUUUCGCCGUUGGAAUAUUUUCGACAUAUUGAUUUAAUGGUAAUUUAGUGGUAAGUUGCUCCACAGCAUGACUUCUGAUCAGUCUACAUAUACUUUAGAUCAUAUCUGCCUUCUGUCUCGAGUUUCGAAUGAGACAGUAUUUUCUACCUCUUGUUCUCCGACGUUUCCUCUUUCGCUUCAGGAGAGUACUCUACCUUUUUCUCACUAGGAAAUUUAUAUUUCUUCCAUGAUUCACUUAUUCUUAAGUUUAAUUUUAACUUAUACGUAUCUCUCCAUUCUUUUCAUUUAGUAAUGACGCGUAUUAAUAUUUAAUUGCCUUGGCUGGCAGUGGCUGAAUCACUCGAGAUUCGACUUGGAUAUUCUUUGUGUCCUCGAAAAUAUUCAUUGAAUAUUUAUUAGUUCUUGAAGAUUACUCGUACAUUCUCUUUUACACCACAAAAGUGUGAAAAAAAUCAGAUUUAAACAUUGUUGCUUCUUUCCUGUUGUCUUAUACAUUACUUUAUUACAUUAGGCAUUUAGAUAUAUGGUACAUAAAAGUGGAGCGAUUUUCGAAUUAUCUAAUAGCAUAUCAAUCAAGAAUAAUCCAGCCACAGUCGGUCGAAUGAUAAAUCUUCCGAGGAUUAAUAUGUGUGGAAUUAAUUUAUAUGAUAUCCGCAGUCUUUAUCUGAAAAAUCUAAAA